AUGCCCCAUGAUGCAUCUUGUGCCACGGCAACCUGCUGCACAUCACUAGGAAUGCCUGAAACCGCUGCUUUUACUGCGUCAAAAUUUUGGCCAGUGGUGGACAACCUGCCCGCUGUGCCUGCUGAGAAGUACGACAAGCUGACCGCUAUCCUGACCAAGAUCUUUGGCGGCAGCGGGCGCAUCCGCGAGGGCGGCCUGUUCCACCCGCAGGACGAGGCCACCAAGCGCAGCAAGGGCUAUGCUUUUGUGGAGUAUGAGAACGCGGAGCAGGCGCGGGCCGCGCAGGCCGCCCUCAACGGCUACCAGCUGGACAAGGCGCACAAGUUUGCGGCCACGCUGUUUGACGAGGCAGACCGGCUGGCCAAGGUGCCCGACGAGUAUGGCGGCCCCGAGGAGCGCACGUAUGCACCGGCUGAAAACCUGCUGGAGUGGCUGAGCGACAAGCGCGGGCGCGACCAGUUUGCCAUCCGGUACGGCGACGAGACUGAGGUGUGCUGGAAUGACGCGCCCAAGCAGCAGGAGGAGACGGUGUACAAGCGCAGCUUCUGGUCGGAGGCGUUUGUGGAGUGGAGCCCCCAGGGCAGCAUGCUGGCCACUGUGCACCGGCAGGGCGUGGCCAUGUGGGGGGGCGCCUCCUUUGGCCGCCUCAUGCGCGUCAGCCAUCCCAACGUGCAGCGUCUGCUCAUCUCUCCCUGCGAGCGAUUCCUGCUGACCUUCAGCGAGUUCCCAGACGGCAGGGGGAGGCCGCAUGUGAGCGCGAUUGUGAAGGGGGCUGCGGCGCACGACCGCUUCACGGUCAAGGCUGUUGAGGGUGAGCGUGGUGCUGGAUGUGAAGGAGGGAGAAAGAUGGCGGCGUGA